CCACCGCCAGCUAGCAGUGCGUUUCUACCAGCAGAUAGAAAACUGGUCAGGGCUUUUGUUCUUCACUUAGCUAAAACCAAUCUUUCGGUUGGAUUUUUGUUUCUUUCACAGGCUAUAUUUUUGGCGUGCCGUUCUGAUCUUUAUCUCAAAAUUGCUGUAUCCUUUAUCAGAUACACCCGCAUCUUAUACUUCUGUUAGUGGCUAGCUAGCAAGCUAGCUAGCAUUUUUUUCUGUUUCCCCAGUGUUUCUACUUUUUUUUCCCUGAUAAGGUUUUUAACUGACCAAGAUAGGCGGCUCGGGCACUAAGAUGUCGAACCGAGUGGUGUGCAGAGAAGCAAGUCAUGCCGGCAGCUGGUACACCGCCUCAGGAUCCCAGCUGAAUGCACAGUUAGAAGGCUGGCUGUCUCAAGCACCGUCCUCAAUAGGACCUGCAAGAGCCAUCAUAGCACCGCAUGCCGGGUACACCUACUGUGGAGCGUGUGCCGCUCACGCCUACAAGCAGGUGGAUCCAGCCAUCACGCAGAGGGUGUUCAUUCUGGGCCCGUCCCACCAUGUCCCCUUGUCCCGCUGUGCCCUCUCACAGGCCGAGAUCUACAGAACACCGCUGUACGACCUGAGAAUUGACCAGAAGGUUUAUGCUGACCUCUGGAAAACUGGGAUGUUUGAACGGAUGACUCUGCAGACAGAUGAGGAUGAGCACAGCAUUGAGAUGCACUUGCCUUACACUGCAAAAGCCAUGGAGAGCCAUAAAGAUGAUUUUUCCAUCGUUCCGGUGCUGGUGGGAGCCUUGAGCGAGUCGAAAGAGCAGGAGUAUGGGAAGCUCCUCAGUAAAUACCUGGCUGACCCCUCAAACCUCUUUGUGAUUUCAUCCGACUUCUGCCAUUGGGGGCAACGAUUCCGCUACACAUACUACGACGAGACCCAAGGGGAGAUCUAUAGAUCCAUCGAGCACCUCGAUAAAAUGGGCAUGGGCAUCAUAGAACAGCUGGAUCCUAUAUCCUUUAGUAACUACUUGAAGAAAUACCACAACACAAUUUGUGGACGUCAUCCCAUUGGAGUGCUGCUAAAUGCCGUUGCUGAGCUGAAGAAGAACGGGGUAGAAAUGAACUUCACUUUCCUGAACUAUGCCCAGUCGAGCCAGUGCAGGAACUGGCAGGACAGCUCCGUGAGUUACGCGGCCGGGGCUCUGAUCGUCCACUGAGCCCCUCCCUCUGCCCCUGUCGUCUCAGGAAGCCCCUCCCCCCUCCUCACGCCCCGCCCUGGGACUGGACCUGAAGCCCUUCUGCAGGAACGACUGGGACAGUCUGAAGCGCUUGAGUAUCGUCGACUUGCAGCAACAGUUUUACAGUGCGUUAGAGAAAAUUCACCCCCUACCUGUUCUGAAUGAGCUUCAGACCUGAUGGGAAAAGGUAUAUUUAGAAGUUAAGUUACAGUUUGUGGUGCCACGGGGCAGUGGUUUGAUUUUUUUUUAGGGGUUUUUUUUUUUUUUUUUACUUGGAGCUAGGUGGAGAGGGGCAUACAUGGACUUCACAGUCCUUGUUUUCCUGAGCAACACAUUUUGAAAUGAAUAAAAAGAAAGUAAGUCUGAAAACAUUUUAUCUUUACAUCUGCACUCUUUGCAGCCCUGUGCACAUGUAAUUGCUUCAAGAAAAAAGGAAGACAUUAAAAAGAUGAGUUCUGCUGGAUAUAAAUGGAAACAAACACAAGAAGCUUACUUUAAUUAAUGAUUCCUGACAAGAAAGAAAAUUAGUAGUAUACUGACUGCUACUGUAUCCGAUUGCAACCUGAGAACAGCAGUAUAGGUAGCUACUGCCAACAUUGUACAACUUUGGCCUACAGUUGUAGUUUGCUAAUAAAGGGCUUCACACAACAAAGUCCACUAACAUUCUGCUGUUAGAUCUAUACCAAAACCAAAAAACUCCUGUUUUCUAAUGUUAUUCUUAUUAGCCAUUUAAAAUGCAAUUUCUGCCUCUUCCUUAUUUCUUCUCCUCUCGUUCCUCCCUUUCUUUUCUAUGGUUUUUGUUGUUAAUCUGCAGGUUUUAAGUUUACCCAAAAGCAAUUGGUAGCACAUUUUUAGCACAUGCAUAAAGAUUUGCUCUAACCCUUUUCAGUGUAAAAGUAGGUUUGUGACUGUGUAGCUGUUUGCAUUUGCCCGGGUAACAUGUGAGAGGGAGAUCUCUGGAAAAUUUUAAAUUUGUUGUUCUGUGAUAUGGAUUCAAGUAUUUGCAUGUAAGUUUGAGCAUACACAAUCACAUUGUGAGCAUUAAACCCAAGCCCCUUCUCCAUCAGUUGGCCUUAGUACCAGUCGGAGCUUUUUAUUAGACCGACAAAUAUAA